GGAGUGAGUUGCCUGUGCUGCUGCUUCUCCUGCCGGCUGCAGGGAUGGCGGUCUCCUCCGGCGGGCCGGGCCCCUCCGCCAGCCCCGUGCCCAUGAACCUCUUCGCGGCCUGGGAGAUGGACGGCUCCAACCCCAGCUGCGUCCCGCGGUUAUGCAGCUUGACUUUGAAGAAACUGGUAGUAUUGAGAGAAGUGGAUAAGGAUCCAAUUUCUGUCAUAAUUGCAGUCAAAAUGCAGGGCUCAAAGAGAAUAUUGCGUUCUCAUGAAAUUAUGCUGCACCCUGGUGGUCGCAUAGAAACAGAACUUGCACUCACAUUUUCUUUACAGUAUCCCCAUUUCUUGAAAAGAGAAGGCAAUAAACUUCAAGUCAUGCUGCAGAGGAGGAAACGGUACAAAAACAGAACAAUUCUUGGCUACAAAACUUUGGCAGUAGGAUCUAUCAACAUGGUGGAGGUAUUACAACACCCAACAGAAGGAGGCCAGGUUUUGAGUCUUUUCAGCAGCUUCAAGGAAAUGACAGUCAAAAUAGCAGAACUAUGGAUUUUUUCAUUGUCCAGUCAGCCAAUCGACCAAGAGGAUAGUGCAGUACAUCUGAGCCAGAAAACUAAGACUACAGACAACUAUUCUGAAGAGGAAUAUGAAAGCUUCUCUUCAGAACAAGAAGCCAGUGAUGAUGCUGUUCAGGGACAGGAUCUGGAUGAUGAUGAAUAUGAAUUGGGGAAGCCAAAGAAGCAAUGGAGAUCGAUAGUAAGAACAACAUCCAUGACCAGGCAACAAAACUUCAAGCAAAAAGUGGUGGCAUUACUGAGACGGUUUAAAGUAACUGAUGAGGUUUUAGAUUCUGAGCAAGAUCCAGCCGAUCACGUCCAAGAAGUAGAAGAAGAUCUAGACCUUCUCUAUGACACACUUGAUAUGGAAAAUCCCAGCGACAGUGGUCCUGACAUGGAAGAUGAUGACAGUGUCCUCAGUACUCCUAAACCAAAACUAAAACCUUACUUUGAAGGCUUGUCGCAUUCAAGCUCUCAAACUGAAGUUGGGAGCCUCCAGAGCGUCAAAAGCCAGAAAGAGCCACCCAGUCCUGCAGAAGUGCCUGAAAAUAAUAAGAAUCUUGGAAGUAAACAGCCAACAGAUAAUGUUCCUGACACUGUGUGCUGUAAGACUCAACAAGAAGAGGAGAGCCCGGAUGCAGAACUAGCCUCUCUGGAUAUCUUUAUUGAGAAACUACCACCAUGUGGCAGAAUGACAAAGACAGAAUCUCUCAUAAUUUCUUCCAGCAGCAGGUUAGAGGGGAAACAAGUGGGUCGCAGAGGUAGAAGCACAUCACUGAAGGAAAGACAGCCAGCAAAGCAGCAGAAUGAGAGGGCCAAUAGUCUGGACAAUGAGCGUUCUCCAGACACCAGGCACCACUUACAGAUUCCUAGAAAAACCGUCUAUGACCAGCUGAAUCACAUUUUGAUCUCAGAUGACAAGCUUCCAGAAAAUAUCAUUUUAGUCAAUACUUCUGACUGGCAAGGGCAGUUCCUUUCAGAUGUCCUGCAAAAACAUUCUCUUCCAAUAGUAUGCACGUGUUCUUCUGCUGAUAUUCAGGCAGCUUUUAGCACUAUUGUCUCAAGAAUACAGAGAUACUGUAACUGCAACUCUCAACCUCCCAAUCCAAUUAAAAUUGCAGUUGCUGGAGCCCAGAAUUACCUCAGUGCCGUGUUGAGGCUUUUUGUAGAACAACUGUCUCACAGAACCCCAGAUUGGCUCAGCUACAUGAGAUUUCUUAUUAUACCACUAGGUUGUCACCCAGUUGCAAAAUAUCUGGGCUCAGUCGAUUAUAGAUACAACAACUUCUUUCAGGAUUUAUCUUGGAAAGAUUUAUUUAACAAACUUGAAGCACAAAAUGCUCCCCAGGAAUUGCCUGAUAUCGUCUCCAGAAUAACCCAGUACAUAGUAGGAGCAAACUGUGCUCAUCAGUUACCUAUUGCAGAAGCAAUGUUGACAUACAAACAGAAAAGGAAAAAGACCUUUCAAUUUGAUUUUAAUAUAAGUCCAGAUGAAGAAUCAGCCCAGAAGUUCAUCCCUUUUGUUGGUGUAGUAAAGGUUGGAAUUGUUGAACAAUCUUCUGCAACAUCAGGUGACUCGGAUGAUGCCACUCCCAGUAGUUCGAGUGUCCUUUCCUCUACUCCACCUUCUGUGUCUCCUGCUAUGAAGGAAUCUUCCCCCACCCCACCUUCCUCACCGUCUGUCACAGGCAGUUUUGCUUCCUCCAGCCAUAAUCUUGGCAUGGAACUGAUGGGUCUUCAGUUAGAUUACUGGAUUGCAUCUCAUCCUGUGGAGAAGAAGAGAGAUUCAGAGAAAAGGGAUCCCUCCACUGCCAAAAACACACUGAAAUGCACUUUCCGGUCUCUCCAGGUCAGCCGGCUGCCCACAAGUGGAGAAACCACGUCCACCCCUACUAUGUCUAUGACAGUUGUGACAAAAGAAAAAAAUAAAAAAGUGAUGUUUCUGCCUAAGAAAGUAAAAGAUAAAGAGUUUGACUCUAAGAGCCAGUGUAUUGAUGGUAUCAGUCGUCUGAUUUGCACAGCAAAGAAUCAACAGAAUAUGUUGCGGGUGUUUAUUGAUGGAGUGGAAUGGAAUGAUGUGAAGUUCUUCCAGCUUGCAGCACAGUGGUCUUCCCAUGUCAAGCAUUUUCCCAUCUGCAUCUUUGGACAUUCUAAAUCCUAAUGUAGGAUAAUUCCUGUGAUACCACAAAACAUUGAGUGCCAGCUGUUUGCGUUCUCCUGUGUUAUAUGUCCUUGGAUAACUGCUUCAUUACUUUUCUGUUUGUCAUUUGGCUGCAGGGGAAUAAUACUUGAAAUGGCAGCAAUUCAGUUUUAAUUCUGGACAUACACCUAAGCCAAUUGCAGGAGCCUAUGAGAACCACAACAUAAUCUCUGCUUGUUAAUGUGGAAAUAGCUGAAUAGGGAGUGGAAUGGGAGGUUUAUUUGGCAACAGAUUAAGAAUGUUGGUAAAGUUAUUCAAACUCGAAAGAUUUCAGCUAAAGAGGAAUCUCUGACUUUUCUUUCAGUCCCUUCAAACUGUUUUUCUUUUUAUAAUUCAAGGGUUUUCCAGAAAGUAAAGUUACAAGAUUUUUUUAAAAUAUAUGAAUAUAUUUUAAUAAAACUUACAUGGAUUGUAGCAUAGCUAUUACAUUAUUUUUCCACACCAUUCAGUUCACUUCAUUUUGCUAUCCGUGGGACAAGUUUUUGAUGCCUGUGCCAUAGAAGUUUCCCUCCACCUUUUUUCAGCCAGUUUGUCACUUCGAUUUUCACUUCAUCGUCGUCGGAAAAGUGUUUUCCACCAAGGUGUUCCUUCAAUUUAGUGAACAGAUGAUAGUCACCAAGUGCGGGAUCAGAGCUAUGAGAGGAGCGGCUUAAAACAUCCCAACCAAAUGAAGUCUACAAAUCUUGUGUUGCAUUAGUGCUGUGCGGAUGCGUACUGUCAUGAAGAAGACAGGCUCCCGCCAUUAGCAUCCCACAACGUUUGUUUUGGGUAGCUCUGCGAAAUUCUUCAUGGUCUCACAAUAUAUUCCAUACUCAUUUUGUCACAUGCUGUCUUGACAUUACGUCCUCCCCUUAAACUGAAACAAUUUCACAAUGAAUCGCAGCGAUCUUCAUAUCAUUAGCAUUUAGCGUAUUACAGCGCAAGCUUCGCACUUGGAGGGAAACGGAAUGAGGUCACUCAUCUCUAACCUUCACCAUAAGGCCAGUCAAUGAGCUACUGACGACUGGCACUGCUCGUUCAUGCCCAUUAGCUUCCUGCUACACGGCAGUGAUACCAACUUCCGCCGAGAAAAUUCCCAGUGAAAACUACGUGCGUUGUAAACUUACUUUCUGGAUAACCCUUGUAACUUUACCUACAUAAAGUAUCUGAUUUCCGUGCCCCACCGCAUCUCCUGCUUUUUCUGUGGCAUUGUUCAUGUUAUUAUUAGCCCUUGGCAAUGCACAUUUUUCAACAUUUAGAGAUUGGAAGGAGUGAUUGCCUUGUUUACAUUUCAUGUCUAGAAUGCAACCAGCCUUAUUUCCCCACAUGGAGAAGAUGGAAUGAAAGGGGUUUUUGGAACAAUAUGAGGCUAGAUAAGUUAUUUAUUAAUGUAUUAAAUGUAUUCAGUUUGUUCCUGGUUUUGUGGGAAAUAACCAUUAUUUCCUGAUUCCUGACAAGUGGAAGUAAGUUUAGUUAAAGGAAGAUGUUUGAAACACUUCUGUCUUUGUCCCCAAAUGUUCCACUUGCCAGAAUUGGAAUUCCUGUUCAUUUGUUUGCCAAAACUCAUCUGUGACUUGUGUGAUUGGCCUCCUGCCUGAUAAGAUGUGACAAAGCAGGAUAUGAAUUCUAAAUCAUGUGUGUUAUGUAUCAGUGGCUCCAGUAUAUAGCAGUGUAAUCUACCAUCAGUCCAGUUUGUGAGAAAGAUACUACUGGAAUGACCACCAGGUAGAAUGCAUGUUUGGGCUUUGUGUGUGUGUGUGCUGUCACUUAGCAUGUUGCACUUACUAAUCUUUCGAUACAACCUUGACACUUAAAUAUCAGAUACUACUUGUUAUAAUUUGUAAGCAUAAUGUUGCCAAAUAGCGCCAGAGAAGCAAAGCUGGUCUUUAGCUUCAUUUAGGUGAUUUUCUUAAAACAUCAUACUAAUAUCUGCAAAAAAAAAAGGUCAUAUACAGUUCUCUUCAUUGUUUCCUUAUUUUGUUGAGGCAUUUGUGAAGGCUCUUUUAUUACAACCCAUUAAAAUAGGAUGUUUGAAAAAUAUAUUCCAAAUAUUCUCCCCAUCCUCAUGGUUUCCAUUGGGACAUAAGCUGUCAUCUCUGGACUUAGAUACUAUCAUAUUUGAAAGGCAAAAGUAUUCCACAAGUCUAAGUCUAGAGGAAAUGUUCUUAGCUUGUGCCUUUCCUGCAACUAAGAGAUCUUGGUUAAGGGAUUUUUUUUGUCGUGUCAGGAGCGACUUGAGAAACUGCAAGUCGCUUCUGGUGUGAGAGAACUGGCCGUCUGCAAGGACGUUGCCCAGGGGAUGCCUGGAUGUUUUGAUGUUUUAUCAUCCUUAUGGGAGGCUCUUCUCAUGUCCCCGCAUUAGGAGCUGGAGCUGAUAGAGGGAGCUCAUCUGCGCUCUCCCAGAUUCGAACCUGCGACCUGUCAGUCUUCAGUCCUGCCGGCAUAGGGGUUUUACUAGGUCAAGGGAUAAGUAUUCUAGAUUGUACCCGUAUUUUGGGAAAUUUCCUCUGAGCCUUCCUGCUUGGCCAUAAAGACCCUCCUGCUGUGGUUGUUCUUCUUUUUACAACCUACUUAUUAGUUUGUGGUUUUCUCAUUUUUUCACCAGUUCCUUGUGGAUUGAUCACCAUGAAAAGGAGCCAAUAGGAUGAAGUGUUGAUUGCAGGGUUUUUUUCAUAUCAGAAGCAACUUGAGAAACUGAGAUAAUUGGCCAUCGGCAGGGACGUUGCCCAUGGGGCGCCCGGAUGUUUUACCAUCCUGUGGGAGGCUCCUCUCAUGUCCCUGCAUGGGAAGCUGGAGCUGAUGGCCAGGAGCUUACCCCGUCUUGUGGAUUUGAACUGCCGAUCUUCAGGUCAGCAGUUCAGCCAGCACAAGGGUUUAAACCAUUGUGCCACCAUGGCUCCUGAUUGCAUGUUAGUAAUAAUAAAUAGUUGGAGGGAUUAAUUGAUAUGUGGAUGGGUGAAAAGCUCCAAAAAGAGUAGUAUGUGGUGGAUGCUGUCCUUCCUUGCGCCAAAAUAAGAGUUUGUAAGCCAGGACUGUUUUUUUGUAUAGUAGAUCUCUCUUUUUAAAAAUGAAAAGCUGCUGUUGAAGCCACUGUUGUGUAGGUCCUGAGGGGAAAAUGAUGUCUGUUACAGACAUUUGUUCUAUAUUUUAUUUUUACUAAAAAUGCUGUGCAUUACA